UAAUUUUAAUAAAACUUUAAUGCGCACUUUCCCUGUGUAGUUGCUUUGGGGCAGGGUGUAGGGAAACUAGAGUGUGUUGAGACAUCCAAUGGCACAAAGCCCCACUAUCUCAAAGAAAACUUCCCUGCCCAAAACUUCUUCUGGUUCUUGUUUGUGAUGCUUGCGAUUUUGGCCCUUUGUUUCUUGGCUCUGACGUACAGAGUGGUCACCCAGACUGAGGUAGCGGAAGUUCCGAAGACUGAGCAGGAAACAGUGAAAAUGGAGGAAGAGACACAUCCUUUACAAAAUGGAGGUUCACCAGUUUCUGAGGAACAAGUGGAAGUUGAAAAAAAGACUCCUGUUGUGGCAUUCUGGACAUCACACAAUGUCUAUCUGCUCCUGUUGCUGGGAAUAUCUAAUGCUCUGUCCAGUGGUGUGCUGCCGUCAGUGCAGAGUUUCUCCUGUCUGCCUUAUGGCACAAUGAGUAUUCUCGUCGCUUUGUCCAGUGUUGGUCUCGGUAUUAUGUCACUAGGAGGCUGUAUUUUUGCAGCUUAUCUUAUGGCCUUGGCAGCUCUGAGCCCCUGCCCACCACUUUUAGGAAGUCAGUCUGGAGUCGCUCUAGUGAUCAUAUCCUGGAUCAUCUUCACUGGUCUGUUCUCUUACCUGAAGGUGGUAAUUGGGACUCUGCUUCAUGAAGCAGGACAUGCAGCUCUUCUCUGGUGUGGAGUCUUCAUCCAGGCUGGCUCUCUUAUUGGAGCCUUUACAAUGUUCCCUUUAGUCAGUGUGUACCAGGUCUUCCAGCGAGCCCAGGACUGCACUGAUGUCUGCAGUUAAUAUUUCAGCACUCGAUUUUACGUUCGGUUCAC